CUGGUACCGUUCCAUAAAGUUUGGACUUGCUCGGCCACCGUAGUGCUUGGGCCAGAAAAGCACAGUUCCUUCCGGGCUCUGCGUUGCGGGAAGAAGGCUUGGUGUUGUCGCAGAAGGAAUCCAGAGCUCAAAAGGCAGUUCUCUUCCGGAGCUGAAGCUCUGGCCACAGGCUCCAGGCCUCUGACCGGCUCGACCGCCAGCUCGGCUGCUCUGGACACUUCGGGGCUAGGAGCUGAGAGCGCCGGUCGCCAUGGCGACGCCAGCGGGCCUGGAGCGCUGGGUUCAGGACGAGCUGCACUCGGUGCUGGGGCUGAGCGAGCGGCACGUUGCUCAGUUUCUGAUCGGUACAGCACAGCGCUGCGCGUCGGCCGAGGAAUUCGUGCAGCGACUACGAGACACCGAUACCUUGGACCUCAGCGGGCCGGCCCGGGACUUCGCCCUGAGACUCUGGAAUAAGGUACCACGGAAAGUGGUGUUGGAAAAACCAAGUCGGGCUGCAGAACGGGAGGCCCGAGCCCUGCUGGAGAAGAACCGAUCUUAUAAGUUGCUGGAAGACAGUGAGGAAAGCAGUGAGGAGACUGUGAAUAGAGCUGGGAGCAGCCUCCAGAAGAAGCGUAAAAAACGGAAACACCUCAGGAAAAAGCACCAGGAGGACGAGGAAGAAGAGGAGGAAGACACUUCUGAGAAAGGGAAGAGGAAGACAGAGGGGAGUAAUCAGCAGACAGAGAAGCCAGAGUCAGAAGAUGAGUGGGAACGUACAGAACGGGAGCGCCUUCAGGACCUCGAGGAACGUGAUGCCUUUGCAGAGCGAGUUCGACAGCGGGACAAGGAUCGGACCCGAAAUGUCCUGGAACGGUCAGACAAGAAGGCUUAUGAAGAGGCUCAGAAGCGUCUCAAGAUGGCUGAGGAAGACCGGAAAGCCAUGGUCCCUGAGUUGCGGAAGAAAUCCCGCCGAGAGUACUUGGCUAAGAGGGAGCGAGAGAAGCUUGAGGACCUGGAAGCAGAGCUGGCUGAUGAGGAGUUCCUUUUUGGGGAUGUGGAGCUGAGCCGGCAUGAGCGCAGGGAACUCAAAUAUAAACGGCGAGUACGGGAUCUGGCCCGGGAGUACCGGGCUGCUGGGGAGCAGGAGAAGCUGGAGGCCACCAAUCGCUACCACAUGCCCAAGGAGACCCGAGGACAGCCAGCUCGAGCUAUGGAUCUAGUGGAGGAGGAAUCAGGUGCCCCUGGAGAGGAGCAGCGACGCUGGGAGGAGGCACGAUUAGGGGCAGCAUCCCUGAAGUUUGGGGCCCGAGAUGCUGCUUCCCAGGAGCCCAAGUACCAGCUGGUGCUGGAGGAGGAGGAGACCAUUGAGUUUGUACGGGCCACUCAGCUCCAAGGUGACGAGGAGCCCUCAGCUCCAGCCUCUUCAACCCAAGCUCAGCAGAAAGAGUCCAUCCAGGCUGUCCGCCGCAGCCUCCCCGUGUUCCCAUUCCGAGAGGAGCUCCUCGCUGCCAUUGCUAAUCAUCAAGUCCUAAUCAUCGAAGGCGAGACUGGCUCGGGGAAGACUACCCAAAUCCCACAGUAUCUUUUUGAGGAGGGUUACACAAGGAAGGGUAUGAAGAUUGCCUGCACCCAGCCUCGGAGAGUGGCGGCAAUGAGUGUGGCUGCCCGAGUGGCCCGGGAGAUGGGUGUGAAGCUUGGGAAUGAGGUUGGCUACAGCAUCCGCUUUGAGGACUGCACGUCAGAGCGAACUGUGCUCCGCUACAUGACAGAUGGAAUGCUUCUCCGGGAAUUCCUCUCUGAGCCUGACCUUGCGAGCUAUAGUGUGGUGAUGGUAGAUGAGGCUCAUGAACGGACCCUACACACAGACAUUCUCUUUGGAUUGAUCAAGGAUGUUGCUCGCUUCCGACCUGAGCUCAAGGUCCUGGUGGCUUCAGCCACACUGGACACUGCCCGCUUUUCUACAUUCUUUGAUGAUGCCCCUGUGUUUCGAAUCCCUGGGCGCAGGUUUCCAGUGGACAUCUUCUAUACUAAGGCUCCAGAGGCUGACUACUUGGAAGCUUGUGUUGUAUCUGUGCUGCAGAUCCAUGUGACCCAGCCCCCUGGGGACAUCCUGGUUUUCUUGACAGGACAGGAGGAGAUUGAAGCUGCCUGUGAGAUGCUCCAGGAUCGUUGCCGCCGCCUGGGCUCCAAAAUCCGGGAGCUCCUGGUACUGCCCAUUUAUGCCAACCUGCCCUCUGACAUGCAGGCUCGUAUCUUCCAGCCCACCCCACCUGGGGCACGAAAGGUGGUUGUGGCAACAAACAUUGCUGAGACAUCGCUCACCAUUGAGGGCAUCAUUUAUGUGCUGGAUCCAGGGUUCUGUAAGCAGAAGAGCUACAACCCCCGCACAGGCAUGGAAUCACUUACUGUCACACCCUGCAGCAAGGCUUCAGCCAAUCAGCGAGCUGGCCGGGCUGGUCGGGUGGCUGCAGGGAAAUGCUUCCGCCUGUAUACUGCCUGGGCCUAUCAGCAUGAGCUUGAGGAAACCACAGUGCCUGAAAUCCAGAGGACCAGCCUAGGCAAUGUUGUGUUGCUACUCAAGAGCUUAGGGAUCCAUGAUCUAAUGCAUUUUGAUUUCCUGGACCCUCCACCAUAUGAGACUUUGCUGCUGGCUUUGGAGCAGCUGUAUGCUUUGGGAGCCCUCAACCACCUCGGGGAGCUCACAACGUCUGGUCGAAAGAUGGCAGAGCUGCCAGUGGACCCCAUGCUGUCUAAAAUGAUCUUGGCCUCUGAGAAGUACAGCUGUUCAGAGGAGAUCUUGACAGUGGCUGCCAUGCUCUCCGUCAACAAUUCUAUCUUCUACCGACCCAAGGACAAGGUUGUCCAUGCAGACAAUGCCCGUGUGAACUUUUUCCUUCCCGGGGGUGACCACCUGGUUCUGCUAAAUGUUUACACACAGUGGGCUGAGAGUGGUUACUCUUCCCAGUGGUGCUAUGAGAACUUUGUACAGUUCAGAUCCAUGCGCCGAGCUAGGGAUGUGCGGGAACAGCUGGAGGGGCUCUUGGAACGUGUGGAAGUUGGUCUCAGUUCCUGCCAGGGAGACUAUAUCCGUGUACGCAAGGCCAUCACUGCUGGUUACUUUUACCACACAGCACGGUUGACUCGUAGUGGCUACCGAACAGUGAAACAGCAGCAGACAGUGUUCAUUCAUCCCAACUCCUCCCUCUUUGAGCAACAGCCACGCUGGCUGCUCUACCAUGAACUUGUCUUGACCACCAAAGAGUUCAUGAGACAGGUACUGGAAAUUGAGAGCAGUUGGCUUCUGGAGGUUGCUCCACACUAUUACAAGGCCAAGGAGCUAGAAGAUCCUCAUUCUAAGAAAAUGCCAAAAAAAAUAGGCAAGACAAGAGAAGAACUGGGGUAACAGAAAGGGAUAUAAAUAGAAUCUGACACCAGCUCCUUUUCUGUCUAUACAUUAUUUAAUAUCUAUUAAAUAAAAUUAUUUUUGGAAUAAAGUUUGUGGGAACUUAUGAGAUCCAGA